AUGGCUGAGAGGCUUCAACCUCUUAUUCUCAAAGAAGAUGGCUCUGCAGGAAGAAGAAACCCAACAGCUACAAGCCCUCAAAUGGUCCUUGAUGGUCUCUUCUGUGAGGAGGAGAGUUUUGAGGAAGAAGAUGAUAUCGAGGAAGAAGGGAGGAAGAAUGCUGAUGAGAAUGUGAAAAAGCACUCACUUUUCGAUGGACCUUCGAUGGUGGCUCAGAAAGAGGCUGUGGAUUGGAUUUUGAGGGUUAAGGCGCACUAUCGGUUCUUUACUUGGACCGCUUUUCUCGUUGUGAAUUACUUUGAUAGUUUUGGUUCUGGCCUGAUGUUCCAGCGGGACCUGGAUGAGCCAUCUCGCCUUAUUGUUUCUGUCAUUGUCGAUUUGAGGAUUAUGAGCUAUCUUCCUUCUGUAUUAGUUACUGCAACAAUGCUUCAUGUUAUUGAAGAUGUUAAGCCAUAUAAUCCCUUGGAAUAUUAG